AUGCCGCCCUGGCUGCUCGGCAGCCUCUGCUGCGUGCUGGCGGCGCGGGCGGCGCUGGGCGGCGGCCCCGCGGGCGAGAAGGAGGAGGAGAAGCUGAUCCGGGUGCUGGUGCUGCUGCCGCAGGACGACGCCUACCUCUUCUCGCUGGGGCGGGUGCGGCCGGCCAUCGAGUACGCGGUGCGGAGCCUGCGGGAGAGCGGCACGGGUCUGCCGCCCGGCUACGCCUUCCAGAUCACCUACGAGGACUCGGCGUGCGGCAACCGCGCCCUGUUCAGCCUGGUGGACAUGGUGGCCCUGCAGCGCCGCCGCCCCGACCUGCUGCUGGGGCCGGUGUGCGAGUACGCGGCGGCGCCGGUGGCGCGGCUGGCCGCGCACUGGGACGUGCCGAUGCUGUCGGCGGGAGCGCUGGCCGCCGGCUUCGGCGCCAAGGGCGGCGAGUACUCGCACCUCACCCGCGUCGCGCCCGCCUACGCCAAGAUGGGAGAGAUGCUGCUGGCCCUUUUCCGCCACCACCAGUGGAACCGGGCCACGCUGCUCUACAGCGACAGCAACCCCGAGCGCAGCUGCUACUUCGCCAUGGAGGGCGUCCAUGUGGUCUUCCAGGAGGAGGCUUUCCACAUGGCCGUGCACAGCUUCGACGAGACCAGCCGGCACCUCGACAUCGACGACGUCGUCCGCGCCCUCCAGACGGGAGAGAGGGUUGUAAUCAUGUGUGCCAGCGGUGACACUAUCAGGAACAUCAUGCUGGCUGCUCAUCGGCAAGGAAUGACCAAUGGGGACUAUGCUUUCUUCAAUAUUGAACUCUUCAACAGCUCAUCAUAUGGAAAUGGCUCUUGGAGAAGAGGAGACAAACAUGAUCUUGAAGCCAAGAAAGCAUAUUCAUACCUCCAAACUGUCACUCUCCUGAGGACUGUGAAGCCUGAGUUUGAGAAGUUUUCCCUGGAGGUGAAAAGUUCUGUUCAGAAGCAAGGUCUUCGUGAAGAUGACUAUGUGAACAUGUUUGUGGAAGGAUUCCAUGAUGCUGUUCUUCUUUAUGCUCUAGCUUUACAGGAAGUCCUGAAAAUCGGUUUCAGUAAGAAAGAUGGGGAAAAAAUUGUUCAACAAACACGGAACAGAACAUACGAAGGCAUUGCUGGGCAGGUGUCCAUUGAUGCCAAUGGAGACAGAUAUGGGGAUUUCUCUGUGAUUGGAAUGACAGACCCGGAGGCAGGCACACAGGAGGUGAUUGGGGACUACUUUGGAAAGGAGGGGCGGUUUGAAAUUCGCCCGAAUGUGAAAUACCCGUGGAACCACGGCAGGCUGCGCCUCGAUGAAAGCCGGGUUUCAGAGCACACCAACAAUACACCAUGCAAAUCAUCAGGUGGUCUAGGAGAAUCAGCAGUUACAGGAAUAGUUGUGGGCGCCUUGCUUGGAGCAGGAUUGCUAAUGGCUUUUUACUUCUUCAGAAAGAAAUACAGAAUAACUAUUGAGAGACGAAGUCAACAGGAGGACUGUAACAUGGGGAAACAUCGGCAGUUACGUGAAGACUCCAUUAGAUCUCAUUUUUCUGCUGCAUAAAGAAGAUGAAAAAGAAUCCCAUUCUUCCUAGGGAAAAGAAAGAAUUAGA